AUGGUGUUUGACCAGGACAGCGAGGAGGGAAAGUUUACUCCCCUAACCCUUUCUAACUCUCAAUCUUCGCCCCCAGAUGGCGGGUUUGCAGCAUGGUGUGUUGUGGUGGGAGCUUGGUGCACCUCAUUCUGCAGUUUCGGGUGGUUGAACAGUAUUGGCAUAUUCCAGGAUUAUUACGAGAGAGAACUCCUCAAGGAAUACUCUUCAAGCACAGUCGCAUGGAUCCCAUCUCUUCAGGUCUUCUUUAUGUCAGCUGCGGGCCCAGUCGUCGGCCACAUCUACGACAGGCAUGGUCCAAGAACUCUGAUUAUUGUUGGCGCCUUUAUGCACGUCUUUGGUUUGAUGAUGGCUUCCAUCUCCAAGGAGUACUAUCAGCUAUUGCUUUCUCAGGGUGUGUGCAGCGCGAUUGGCGCAGCCGCCAUCUUUCAGCCAGCUCUUAGCUCUGUUUCGGGCUGGUUUGACAAGCGGAGAGGUGCAGCAUUUGGCGUGCUAAUGACCGGCUCAAGCACAGGCGGCGUCAUUUUCCCCAUCAUGAUCACUCACCUAAUCCCAAAAGUCGGCUACGGGUGGGCCAUGCGCAUUGCAGCCUUCAUCAUCCUAUUCCUGCUUGUCAUCGCAUCCUUAACCGUCAAGCGCAGGGUGAAGCCUACUCUCACCAAGCUCACUGCCGAAGAUCUUCACCGGCCUCUCCAUGAAAUAGUUUUCUUGCUCGUCCUUAUCGGCUUUGCUCUUCUGAGUUUUGGAGUCUACGUGCCAAUCAACUUUUUGGUUCCUUCAGCCAUCGCUGACAGCAUGUCUGUUUCCCUGUCGCAAUAUCUUGUCUCCAUAUUCAACGCCACAAGUCUGUUCGGGCGACUCACAGCCGGAUUCCUGAGUGACAAGGUCGGACGAUACAACAUGUUCUUCAUGGUCUGCAACGUAAGCGGCAUCUUGAUCUUGGCACUCUGGAUCCCAGGAUCUAGCAGCGUGGCAAACAUCUUGUUCGCUGCGUUUUUCGGCUUCUUCUCUGGGGCAUACGUUUCGCUGUCACCGGCACUCGUGGCUCAGAUUUCCCCGCCCAAGGAGUUCGGAUACCGCAGCGGCCUCUUGUUCUGUUCGGCAGCGAUUCCAGGUUUGGUUACAAGCCCCAUCGCUGGAGCAAUUUUGUCUCACAGUCACGGGAGCUACACCAACAUGAAGAUUUACGCAGGCGUCUUCUGCUUGGCUGGGACUUGGUUGGUGGGAGUGGUCCGUCUUAUGAAAACGGGGCCGAAGCUGUUGGCCAAGUUCUAA